AUGGCAACGCAGCCGAGACCGGAUCUCCCGUUCGCUGCACCUCCGGCCUCGGAGAGCCAUGUGCCGCCGCGGCAUGUUGGUGUGGGAACGCGACAGAUGUUCGCCCCAGAGGCCCAAACUGCAGAGGAGCUGAUCCAAGGUGUGGCAAGCCGCAACGUGGGAAGAUGGAUGAUUGCAAUUGUGCUCGUCGGGCUCAUCGGCUUGGUUUGCCCGUUCCUGGCCAUGCAGAAGAGAAUGCUUCCGAAGCACAUUGCGAAGGUCUUGGGACGACUGUACUUCUGGCCUACUAUUGGCCUUACUCUCUUGCGGAGCUGGCGGGAUGGCCGCGGUCUCUGGUGCCAGGUUGAUGACACCGUGCUGCUAGGUGUGGCUCCCUUGGCGAUCCUGCAGCACCCAGAGCAGCUGCAGGCGCUGGGAGUUCGCGGCGUUGUGAACCUCUGCGACGAGUACUGUGGACCGCAGGCGUCCUACGACCGCAUGGAGAUCACGCAACUUCGCUUGCCGACAGUGGACCACUACGAGCCUUCGUUGGAGGACCUCCUGAAGGCCGUCGAAUUCAUUGAUAAGUUCAAACAGCUUGGACACAAAGUUUAUGUCCACUGCAAAGCCGGACACGGCCGCGCGGCUGCAGUCGCGUUGUCCUGGAUGAUCUUCACCAACAAAGCAUAUGGUGAGGAAGCUGUGCGGCAGCUCAAUGCCAACUUGGCCCAAAAGCGCCGCGUGCGGGGAAGCUUGUACAGGCAAGCCAACAUACGGGCUUUCAUGGCAAAGCUUGGGUCCACAGGUCCAGAGCUGGUCGCCUCCGAGGAUACAUCGGACGGCCUCGACCGUGAGCUUCGACGACGCCAACCUGCUGCAAAUGAGGUCGUUGGGAUCCUGUACUCCAGGCCUGCGGAUGACAACAGCAUCAGCUUCAACGACUUUAUGGGGGCCACACUGCAGCAAGACCAGUGCCAGGUCGGCAUGCUGAGAGCAGCAUUUCGGAUCUUCGAUCAAGAUGCAGACGGGUGCAUAAGUGCCCAAGACAUCAAGCAGGUGUUUUGCUACAGCCUCAGUGUUCCACUGGGUAGGCAUGAGCUGUUCAGGUCCUUCGAUGAGUGA